AUGAUAGCAAGCCAGCCACCAUCUGGAGAACAUAAGAAAGAAUGUGUUUGUGAUACAUGCAAGGAAAUGGAUGAAAAGGAAGGAGUUGUAGAGGAAGCCAUUGUGGAAGAAAAUAAUGAAAAUACAACAGCAAACACUACAUCUUCCGAUCCUUCUAAGGAAUCAACCCUUACUGAGAAGGAUAUUAGCUUGGAAGAAUUUGAUCAUUUACCUAAAUCUCUUCAAAAUAGACUGGGAGCUUUGAAAUUAUUGAAAGAAAAGGGAAAUGAUUUGUAUCGUCGUAAUUUAUUUGAGGAAGCAGUUGAGGAAUAUGCCAAAGUGGAUCGUUUUAUGGGUGUGCUCUUCAAAAAGACUGAAACUUCUCCUGAGGAGAUGACCUAUGUAAUUCCUUUUCAAACAGCUUGUCAGCUCAACAUUGCUCAAUGUCUUAUGAAAGUUGGAAAAUACUCAAAAGCAUUAGAUCACUUAGAUACUGCAGAGGAAUACAAUAAGGAAUACAAGGACAAGCCAUCUGAAAAGAAAAUACUUUUCAGACGUGCCAAAUGUUAUCUGGACGGAAUUGAAGUUGAAAAGGGCAAAGAUUUAAUGAAACAAGUGAAAGAAAAAUAUCCAGAAGAUCCAGCUCUGAUAAAACUUGUCGAUGCUGAAUUGAAGAAGUAUAAGGAGCAAUUUAAGAGUGAUCUUCAAAACUCUUCAUUUAAGGGAAUGUUCAAUAAGAAGGAGCUGUAUGAUGAUAUGCCUGAACCCGUCAUUAGUGUCACCCCAAGCCCAGAAACAAACUCUGAAACAAUCAAUGCAGAAAAUGAUCAAACAGACACAAACGAACCAUUAACUGAACCAACUAACAAUAGACUCUCCACUAACGAAGUAAGCAAUGAAACGUAUGCUGCACUUGCUCAAUUGAUAGGAAAUAAUUCAACAAGUUAUAAUUUCCAACUCAUUGUCAUAUUCCUUUUCUUGGCUAUUGUUGUAGCAACAAUACUCACUUAUAUACUUAAUUAA